GCGUUAAGAUUUGGCAGAAACCAUAGCAGCCAGCUUCUGCAUGGGUUACCACGGUGAUUGGAUUUGACUGGUUCACAGAAUUUCUCUCUACACUUCACUGACAUAGACUGGUCCUAUGUUGAUUACAUGAAUAUCUGGUUAAUAGAAUCAGUGCUGAAGAAACCAAAUCGUAACAGGAUUAUAUGGAAUUUUGCUUGCGGUAUAAAUAGGGUUACUUCCCCUUGAUAACCUCGUGAAGUAUGCAUUUCCCCCUGAGCGGCCUCAGGAUAUUGAUAGCUAACGGUAACACAGCUGGAGUCAUUCAAGUGAUAAGAGAAAACUAUUGAGGCAUAUUAUAGUUGUUAUGCUUGAAUUAUAGAUCCACUCCGCUCUCUCAACAAGCUAUUGAUUCUGUGGCAGAAAUCUACGCAUCGCUGCAUUUCUUUAAGGAGGAAAAACUUUUUUUGGAACAACAUCUUGAGAUGAUUUACUUUGAGGAAUAAUGUGACCAUCCAUUUGCACAGACUCCUGUAUGAAGUGUUGGAAUCUCUAGAACCUAGCCCUCGACAUAGAUUCAAAAUGACUGAUGUUAUUGUAAAACCCUCUGUGUCUGUCAAGGAGGAACAGGAAGACAUUAUCACUAUAGAACUUCCCUCCGCAGUGAAGAGUAUUCCAGUGGGAGAUAACUGCGAGGACAAGGAAAGUGAUGGUGAGGCAAAGACUUUAACGCCACUUUCAGCAGCUGAAUCUUCGGUUGAAGCACCGGUAAAUACCUCUAGUCCAGCUGUAACCACAAUAGCAGUAGGAGAAGCUCCACAGAUUCUGCAGCCAGUGACCUUGACAUCUGAUGAUGGUGGGACAGUUACCAUAGCAACACCGUUAGUUACAGGGACAGCUGUUUCAGGAACACAGUUUGUAGCCCCUAUGACUGCAAAUUAUCAGUUGUUGCUACAACAACAGUACAUCAACUUUCUACAUCUUCAACAGUCUAUGAUACAGCAACAACAACAACAACAGCAGCAGCAGCCGCAAGUUGUCAGCGUCCUUGACCUUUCUAAAGAGACUGAAGGUCAGGUAAAAACUACAGUUGUUCCUGCGGAGAUAAAAAAAGCUGAGGGGUCAACAGUGACAGUUUCCAAUGGUGACAAUAUUCAAACUUUUUCUCCAGUAACGGUUCCCAUAGUUAUUGAAGAGGGAACAAGUGAAACAGAUGCAAAGAAAAAAGCUGAAAUAGAAAAUGCAAGAAAUGUAAACCAGUAUGGUAGGGAGUUUACCAAUGGUCGCCCGCUACCUGACCACCUUCGGGUCCAAAUACUGCAACUGGCUCUACAGGGGAUCAGACCGUGUGAAAUCAGUAGACAGCUGCAAGUCUCCCAUGGCUGUGUCAGCAAGAUUCUGAACAGGUAUCGCAAGACUGGAAGUAUUAAUCCGGGUCAGAUUGGUGGAAGCAAGCCAAAGGUCACCACUGCCGAUGUUGUUGCCAAGGUCAGAUUCUACAAGGCACAGAACCCUCAAAUGUUUGCAUGGGAGAUAAGGCAAAAGCUAUUAGAAGAGGGGAUCUGCAAUGAGAAAAAUAUUCCCAGUAUUAGUUCAAUAAAUCGUAUUAUCCGAGACAAAGCCAUUCUGCAGCGACGAAGCCUCGACAGCGCAACAAGUCUCGACAACUUGACCUUGCCAACAUAUUCAGUAUCAACGAGUGACCAGGAAGAGAAUUUGGACAAUUUGCCCCACUAUCAUCGACAAAAUCAGUUGGAUGAAGCAAUCCAGCGCAUGUUGGACAGCGAAGGUGUUCAGAAACUAGUAUCAGUGCAGUCAUCUGUAUCGACAUCUUUGCCUACUGCAGUGUCGAGAGAUAGUCAAAGUGAUGAGAACACUUUGAGAGCGAAAUCUCCUCUGUCGCAGGCUAUGUUACAAAUUCAUUCGCCAGACUCUGUACCAGAUAUAAAUAUUGGAGAAACUGUUGUUCUGCAGAUGGAAGAAGGGAGGGCGACACUGAUCGCACAUCCUGAUAACGGACUUUUGUUAGAAAAGAAAGCAGAAGCUGUCCCUGUUCAGAAAUCAUCAUCAAAUAGUGACAGUGACGAAGUGUUUGAUAGGGAUAAAGAGGAGUUGAAAGGAGACGGAAAAGUGCCGCCCACAUUGCAGUCAGUUAUUUCUAAUUUAAUCAGUUCACAGGUUAUUAAUUUAAAUCGUGAAGAGAAUAAGAUUAGUGACACCGUGUCUACUACAAAAAUGGAGAAUGAAGUGAAAAAAGCACCUGAAUUUACUGCAAUGAAACAGAAUUCAGAACUGUUAACAAAAUCUGGAAUUGUUAUUGACAAGGGAAGUAACCCAGCUGGUACUGGAAUUAUGAGCACGAAGGAAAGUAUCUCUCCUACAAUUCCAACAGGAAGGGGAAAUGGAGCAGGAAUUGCAGCUGGCAAGGGAGCUAACUCUCCAAAACAAAGGAAGUCUCAGUCAGGGGAGUUAAUUGUUCCACAGCCAAAUGUUUCUCAUAUCAUUGGAAACCCUGUUUCUGUUGGCUCUCCGCUCACAGCUGUUGCUCAGCCUACAGCUGGUCAUGAAAGGAAAAGGUCGCAUAGAGGAACAUCAAAAAUACCGCACCCAGCAUUCAAUAUUCCUGUAACAACUCUUGAUAAAAGAAAUGCAGGACUUUAUAAUUAUAAUCUACCAGAUAGAGGACUGGGCACUAUGAAUUCUUCAUCUGGGCCUUUAUCAGCAUCUCCACCUACUGUAGCAGUUCCACGUUUUCCCACUACUGUUCAGUCUGCCAUCCCUGGAACGGUUUUAGGUUUCAUGUCUCCGUCUUGGCAAAUGCAGCGUCCACUUGGACAUAGUCCAGCAUCCAAUGACAGCCGUAGUUCUGGAUCUCCAUUAGAUUUAUCAAACGUUAGAGAGGCGUCACCUAACUUAACAAAUAAAGUAAUAACCGAGGCAGCUUUGGUGGCAUCAGAAAAGCCUGUAGUAAAAAAGCAAUUAGAAGAAAAAAUUCCGUCUGCAAACAAAUUGGUACCAGAAGUUACAGCUCAUAAUGUAAAAAUCGUAACAGUAGCGGAACCUGCCAUUUCAGUGUCACAGUCUCCCACCAACAAGGAGCCUGUGAAGCAGACGUCACAAUCAGCAAGUACUUCAAAAGCACCGUACACACAGGAAAUGCUGUAUUUAUUUGAUAAGGAGUUAGAAAUAGUUGCAGUGGGAAAGAAUAAGUGGAUCAUUCGGAAUGAAAAUGAAUUAGUGAAUGUUGUUAAGAAAAGCACAGAUACUGAGCAAACCAUUGUUAAAGGUGGGUGUGCAAAUUGUUCUGAUGACUCCGACAGUAGUAAAAGUGUGCACAGUCAGAAUGGAAGCAGUCCAAAUGGUACAGAGAUAAACAAAAGGCCUUUUGACCUUGAGUCUGACCCACAGAGGUCAAAGGUCACUAAAUUAGUGAACGGGGACAUUCACAGUAGCACAGGAAGUGUUCAGAAUCAGAAUACGUCGGUGAUGUCAUCCUUGCCGGGUAAUGCAAAUACCCAUGGUGCAGUUAAUCUGAAAACCACAGAAAAUACUGUUUCCUUGGAAACGUGAAGCAGCAUUUCAGUAGAAUUUUAUAUUUUGUUUGAAAAACAAUUUUUUCUGCUGAUAAUUUGAUUUGAUAAUGUCUUUGCUUGCUAGAUCAUAAAUAUCAUUUUCUUAUUCACUUUAAGCUCACCUGAGCCACAGGCUUGUAUAGCAUGUAUUCUAACAGAAUUUGAAGCAUUUUUUUCCUCUUGAAAAAAAAAAAAGACCCCCAAAAAAACAAAACAUUGUUGCUUAUGUCAUAGACAAUAAUUGUUGUAUGAAUAGUUUCUGUAAUUUGAAUGUGAAAAAUCAUGGAUAAAUAAUUUUUAUUUGAAUAAUUUGUGUAAUCCGACAGUGAAAAUAAUUGAAUGAUAGAAUAAAAUCACAGUUUUUAUGUGAGUGUUGUAGUAGAAUCAUUGGUGUAUAUGUUUAAAGAUUUUGUUUCUGACAGCAUUAUGAUUAUAUCAUACUAGUAUUUUUGAAAAUGAUCAAUCCUACCCACCCCAUGUUCUUGCAAUAGAAUAUUUUUUGGAAUAUUCCAAAAUCAGAUUGUAGGGAAAUUCUAAAUAUGUUAGUUUAAAAUGUCAGUUUACCACAAAUUCCUUCAAAAGAUGGGUCCAUUAAGAAUAAUCUGGAAUAUUCCAAAAACAUGUCAGGGUUUGUAACUGUGUAUGGAUUAGGUGGAUUCUACAUGAAAUGUUUUAUUUCACACCUAAUUCCUGUAAUAUGUGGUUCUGUAAAGUGUAUUUUGGAAUGUUCAAAAAAAAAGUAUUUUGGAAUAUUCCAAUUUCCUCAAGUAAAUGGUUCAGUGAGAAAAAAAUUUGGAAUAUUCCAAUUUCCUCCCAAUAAAUGGUUCCAUAAGACUAGUUUGGAAUAUUCCAAAAUGUGUAGGAAUAAUACAGUUUAUACACUAGUUGUAUUGUUAUUUUAUAUUGUUACAUUUUAAAUUAUUUAUUGUUUUCUUUAAAGUGAUUCUGUCAUCUUGAAUUGAAUAUAGACAUUUUUGUCAAGUUUAUGAAGUGUUUUAAUGUUGUUAAAUUUGGUUUAUAAUCACUAUAGUGAUAUUUUAAUUGAAUAGGGGAAAACCUUAAAUGAGUCGAGCCGUGAGAAAACCAACAUAGUGGGUUUGCGACCAGCAUGGAUCCAGACCAGCCUGCGUAUCCGCGCAAUCUGGCCAGGAUCCAUGCUGUUCGCUUUCAAAGCCUUUUGAAAUUAGAGAAACUGUUAGCGAACAGCAGGGAUCCUGACCAGACUGCACGGAUGCGCAGGAUGGUCUGGAUCCAUGCUGGUCGCAAAGCCACUACGUUGGUUUUCUCAUGGCAUGGCUCAAAUAUGUGUCUUGUUAAGAAUACUGGAACUUUUAGAAUAUUUACUUAGAUGGCUUGCUGUUGGAGGUAAAAAAAUGGCGAAGAACCUUUCGUUUAGGUCCAUCAUUUAUCAAGAAAUUUGAAUUCAUAUAAGAACUGAAAAAUAUAUGAAUAUUGCACCAAGAUAUCUUCCAGUUAUCUUAAGAAGAAAUAGACAUUUUAAAUGUUCAAUUUCAAAUUUAAACAUAAAAUAUGUUGCUGCAAUGAAUAAUGAAAAUUAAGUUGUCCAGUUGGCUUAGCCCUGAAGGUCAACUCAUCUGGAUUCUAGAGUAGAUCAACCUGCUUGUAGGUGACUCACAAGGCAUUUAUGUCUUUUGAUUUUAAUUUAUCAUAAACUGAUUUAAAAAUUUUGGAAUUGUUCAUGUAGAUUAAAUUUUGUAUAUCAGUGAAAUUAAAAAAUGCAGUUUGAAAAUGAUAAUGAUUAGCAAGAAACAACACUAAAAGAUGUCUGAACUGUGCAUAACUUUGUGUUACACAAAAUUUAUACACUUUUGUUGUAUUACAUGGUUUUGGCACUUUUUCUUUAAAAUUUUCAUGAAAAUAUUGUGAAAAAAAAUUGUGUUAGAAAAUAGUUAUUAACUUUGUUUCAAAAUGAAGUCAAAUUUGUUUAGAAGGAAAACAAUUUGGGAAAGUCAAAAAGUUAAUUUCUUACUUCUUUCUGCAACACACUGCAUACAUUUGAAUCUGAAAUAGUGCCAUUUUUCAUUAGAGGUACCAGUAGAUGGAUUUUGUUCACAUGUGGUCCUAGCACAGGUUUCACUCAAUGAAAAUAUUGUUAUGAAAGAAUCAUAGUAAUUGUAUAUUUGUGGUGUUUUUUUUUUUUCCACUUAUUCUGUUUCAGUCUAAAAUUGCAAAACAUUAUUUACUUAUUUUUUUUUAUCCAUUUAUGUCAUAGGGCGAUAUUCAAAAUCCAAUAUAUUUUUUCAUUUGUAACAAGAGAAUAAUUUUGGGAUCUUUUUUUGUUAAAAUAAUGACACUCCGUACCUUGUUUAUUUUGUAUAGCUUUUAAGCACUUGCAUUAAAAAUAGCAAUAAAAGUGUACAUUAUUGUUUCAUGUAAAUGUCAGUUUCUACAGUUAUGUGCCAAACUAAAGUUAGCAAAAUAAACUUUUUCAUGGACAUCAUUUUAUGGCAUUUCUCAUAUUUUGUAAACUCUGUGUGCAUAAUCUGAGUAUAUUUAUUAACAUUUUUUGUAAUGUGCAAGCAAAUUUUGAAAUUUAUGACAUUUCAUUGGUGUCAAUGAUAAAUUGGAGCAAAAUUUGUUGGUCCUCAUUUGAAAACUGGGGACUCAGUGACCAGGUGGUAAGGUCGCUUACUUCGAAUCACUUGACUCAUUUACAUAGGUUUGAAACCUUGUUUUGGAUUAGAAUUCUUCUGGUGAAAAAGCCAUCCUCUGGCUUAAGAAAGGUUAACUUUGGUGAUUCUAUCCUGGCACCCGCUCAUUCAAAAAUGCCUUGAGAUGCACCUGGGGUAUCCCUCUACCACCUACAGCUGGAAAUGUCGGCAUAUGACCUCAGUUGUAUUGGUAUGACUGUAAUCAAACAAAAAUAUAACAUUUUGAAAGCCUGAAUCUGGAAUUAGUGUAUUUUAUAAAUUAAUUAUUAUAUUUCAUAAGGUAUUAACAGUUUUUAUUCAAAACGACAACAUAUUACAAUACUUUUGAGGUAAGACUAUUUUAUAAAAGUUGAAAAUGUAUUUUAACUGCAAUUUUUUAGAGUUGCACAUACAAGAAUGUUUUAUGUAAAUGGAAAAAUUCAUGGAAGGUAUUUCUUUUAAAAACUUUAAUUUUGGCACAUAACUGUACGUAAAAAAACUUAUUACAGCUGCAACCUUGUAAAUGCUUCUAAAAAGCUUUUUAUCUCACUUUAACAUAGAUUUAGAGGAAAACCCAGCUGUAUCAUUCCCAGUUACAAGUAUGUAUAUAACUUAAAAUUUCACCAUGGUUACCUGCUGUCUUGUAAGCCACAUGGAAAACAGCUGUUGUAAUAUGUGGUGCAAAAAAAGGCAGCAAAUUGGACAUUUUACCCAGCAUUAUAUAUGUUAUAGUCAUUGUCAUUGUUAAUUUGUUAUAGUUGGUGCAAACUGAACUGUCUUAAUCAUGUUAUUUGAUACAGUCUGUGCAAACUAAUCUGUCUUAAAUACAGUUUUGAAGGAAUAUAUCAGGCAUUUAUAAUUCUUUACACACAUAUUUUUUUCACAUGUAGAGAAUAUACUUGGCUUUAUUUGCCCUUUUACUGGCUAAAAUUAUAGACAUUUGGUGUGGUGAUCAACUGUAACCAUUUGUUUACAAUUUUUUCUCAGCCAAAGGAAGUAAUGUACUACUAUACUUGAUGACAGAGCUUGAUUAUUAAAUCAAAAAUAUUUUUUGCCAAGUAAAUUCACUUUUGCACAGAAUGAUAUUUGGGUAAAAAUAAGAUUUUAUUUUUGAGUUGGCAUCACAUACAACAAAAAUAUACAUUCUGAGUAGCCUUUAUAACAGCUUGUUUAUAAUUUUUAGUAUGGCAGCACUUACAAAAUAGUUAGAAAUAGGAGAAUAUGAUUUUCAUUUUAAAAGUUAUGGGAGAUAUCCUAGUCCUUCCAAAGGGCUUAAAGCUGCUUCACAGGAGGAAACUUUAUAAGCUGACAUAGAAUGAUAGGCUGUUGCGUCGGUCAAUUUUUCUGCCUUAUUUGCCUCGGUAUACUGCCUUGGAUGAUUUUUCUCAAACAAUAUUUACAGUAAUGCAAAAGUCUACACACCAGAAUGCAUUUUUUCGUGACAUAUUAUAGAUUUUUCCUGGACCCCACACUGUGAUGUAGCACUCUAACCCACACAAGUGCUGACAUCAAACUGCCCUAAGAACCUCUAACUAAUGCCCCUUUUUCAUUUUCAACAGACCAGUUUAGCCUCUCACUACAGCCCUGAGAUGACCAAAGGAAAGAGUCAAAGAUCUGAUGAAAUAAAAAGGACUGAAAAAAUCAGAAACUAUGUUACAGAUAAGUUCAGUUUGUAAACUUUUAUGAAAGUGUUGUUACAGUAAAAUUAUGUUUUAACAUUGUCAUUUUAUCAAAGUCAUUGUGUUAGAUGUUUGUUAAAAGGAUGUUAAUGGUUUAAGUCAGUUACAUGUAAAACUUUAACAAUAUGAUAGUUUUGUGUAUGACCCCUGACAAUCAGUAAAUGAAUGAAACUGAAAA